UAUUGAAUUGCCAACAAUGUCUUUUGAGUUUAUGAGUAUCUCCAACCAGGGACAGUCCCUUGUACUGCUCCUGCUUGACACAGGGAAUGUGUUGGAUAAGAGUUGGUGGGAUGCUGACUGCUAAAUACUGUCUGAUAAAUCUUUUUGCUCCUGUUUUGGAAUGGUUGUUUCAGGAAGUUAAUGUUUCAACCUGCUGUCCAUGUGUAGUGGUGGGUGUCUACAGCAUUUCAACUGGUGUUGAAGUUGCCAUGAUGGUUAGUUGGUCCUGCUCAGGCAGGAUUUCUCAGGACACAUGUGGAGGUGGGUGUAAUCUCUGUGUGAUCGACUUCCUCUCCUUACGUACCUGCACCAUCAGCCUUGGUAGAGAUGGUGUAUCCUGUUGUCACACGUGGCUAAUUCUGACAUCUGGACAUACAUGCCCAGCUCUGGUUUUCUAGCAUUCAGUUCUCAUGGUUCUCAUGAAGAAAAAGAUCCGUGUGGCUUGGGAUCAGAGGUGUCAGAGCUCCAAUCAAAACAUUUUUAAGAACUCCAUUUCAAUUUGAACCUUAGUGUGCAGAAAAGGCAUCACUCCGUAUGUUGUGGUGCCAAUCCUGAGGGAAGAUGAGUAUGUGCAAAGACCUGGGUCAUGAUGUGAGAGGGUUUUAGAGCUGGGGCAUGUUUUUGUGGUGGAGCAAUGUCUGGGUGUUGUGGCAGUGAUGACACUGAGUAGCGCUUGUGUCAGCAUCAUGGGGAGCAUGACCUUAAGCAGGGAAGAGUGUUGCCUGAGAGAAAUGGAGCUGCUGGGGAGAAUGCAUUCUAUGUCAUUGGGGAAGAACGGGAGAAUGUCUGCUUAGCUGUGGAGAUCGCAUUUCCCAUGGCAGAGGAUAGAGAAUGCCAAUAGAUAACGUUGAGAAGAGGUCUGGCAUGCAGGGCUACUCUCCUGGGCUCCUCUCAGGGCCUCCAGAAGUUCUACAUAUCUUUGCAGCCUGGUGUUCUCACUGCUGUCACUGCUUUUGAAGAUAACUGCUAUAUGUGUCUUUAAUAAUUUCGUUUUGGUGUGGAAUGCCGUUGGUCAAACAGAAGCUUUGCAAAAUUCGUAUCAUUUUUCUGUUCUUAGUUCUGUGAGGGAGGGGAAGAAGUGCUCUUUGUGAUCAAGAUGUCACCAAACCUGCUGUUGCAGUUGUUGAUUCGCAUGGAUUCUUUCUGUUUUCUUCUCUUGUCUAUAGCGAAAAUGCCCAUGCUUUGUUUAUUUCUUGUCUUACAUUGGCAGUGUGUUGGAAACAGGGGAUGAGGUGGAGACUGCUGAAUGUUGGCAGCUGUCAGGUAGCAGGAUUUUUGGCACUAUUCAUGAGUGUGCAGGAAGGUUUUUCCAUUCUCCUGAGCUGAGGAUGUUGUUAAGAGAAUGUCUGUAGCUUUCAGGUCUCCCUCCUUCUUCCUCUUUGAUAGAGGUGCAUGAGGGAGCACCAUACAAUGUUGAGCAUUUUCAAAGCUUUUGGAGAUCAUCAGUAAUUUUUUCUGUCCAGCAUCCCCUGAGAUUGCAGAUAAUGUUAAGGGACAAUGUCUCUCAAAACCAGUCAUGCUUUCUUGAAAGUGUUUCUUUUUCUGAAGAUGACACCAGUGAAACUAGAGUUAAGUCACUUAAUAUAGAGAAUGUGUUUGAGAGGCUGAUAUGCUUUGUUGUCACUCAGUUUCUUCACAUUGAAUCGAAUUAAUUUUGCUUGGAUUUAAACGCCUGUAGGUUUGGAGCAGCAAAGCACCUUUACCUGCUCUUGUUCCCUUCCUGCUGCUGCCUGGCUGUGGUUUUGCAGGUGGAAGCAAGAACAGAUGGAGGAGGGACCUUGAUGCAUGCCUUGGAUUGGAUGCAUUGGGCAUUGAGGGGAUGUUCUCAGUGAAAACGCUGUGUUGUUACCUUGGUAGCUUUAGCUUGGCUGUGUGAUGAGUGGAUCAUGCUAAGGAGUGAGACUAAGGGGACUAAGUAUUCCAUGGGACUAAGUCCCUGAGAAGAGAGGUUCUUGCUGCGUUUUUCUGGCAGAGCAUGUGUGCCUGAAAAAAGUAGCAAGAGCUUCAUGUUCAUUCUGCAGGUGGAAGAGGAGGGUGGAAGAAAGGCUCUUCAUCGAGGUGUAAGAGCAGUACUCAGGAGCUCUGGUUCCCCUGUGCUUUUUGAGCUUUUGGGAAGGGUUGUCUUGCUGGGCUGCGAUGGGUUUGAAUUCCUGAACUACUACUCCUUGAUGAAGUUUGGACUGUUUGGAACCUGUUUCGUUAGAGGUGCCCAUAGCUGGUACUUGGGAUUGUGUUUCUGAGGGUGGUGGAUUCUGUUCUGCUGUAGAAUAGCUGUUCUUUGCCAUAUGAUUGCCUUGCUCUGUUCUGUGCUGGGUCCUUGAGAGGGCUGAAGAGUAUGGACCUCAUCCUGAAGAGAGGGGAAGUUGGAGGUGCAUGGAUGGCACAAAGGCAGGAAUGCUAUUCCAUGUCCACUGGAAUGAGAGAUGGUAGGGAAAAGGUAUGAGAGCUCUUUCCAAAGUGUAUGUCUGUGCUUCAUGAUGAGUGUGGUGUACCUAUUUUAAGAACAUUUUGGUAAAGGACAAAAUGAAGAGAAGAGACAAGGAUGGAUGCAGAAGAGAAGUGGAGGCAAAGAUCGAGCAAAGCAGGGCAAGAAAGGAAAAGGAAGAGAGGAAGUGAGAAAAGAGUGAAAGACAGAAAGAGAAAGUAGCAGCAAAACAAAAGAAGGAAAGGAAGGAAUCGCUGAAAGGAGAAAAGAAAAAAGGAAGAAGAGAUGAUUGAGAUUAACAGCAUGAACUGAUGCUACCUGGAGUUGCAGAAUGAAGUUGAGGAACUUAACAUCCUAGGUACUCAUGGACAGUGUCAAGCUUGAUGAGGAGUGGUGAGGAAGGGGUGUAAGAGUCCCUGAGAAGGCCUGUCUGUCCUUACUGCAAGCAUGGUGUGGACUUUGGGAAAAUAAUUUAGUAAAGGAAGAAGCAAACAUAAGAGUCAAAGGUUGAAACAGAAGAGAAAGAGAGGUAAAAAUAGGCACGUGAAGAGAAGGUAGAAGACAGGUAAUAAGAAGAUAGAGAAAAAGGGAAUUAAAAAGGGUAGCAGAAGGAACUGAAGAAGGAAAGGCAGCAAGCAAGGAAGAAAGUACAAAGCAGGGAGGAAGUAGAAAAGCAGUGAGGAACUGAAGAAGAAAAGGAGAGAUGAAGAGAGAAAGAAAAGAAGAAUGAAAGGAAGAAAACGGGAAGACACGGUAUGGGUGGUGGCGAACCAGCACCGACGUCACUUGAGGUCGCGGAGCGGAGCUGAUCUGUAGCAGCUCCUCCCGUGGGAAGAGCACCGCGCUCCGGCGUUGCUGCCCUGUCGUUAGAGGAGUUGGGUCCGUCUUUGACGAUGUCCCCCGCAGCACCGGAGGAGACUGAGGAGAUGUCAGCAGGGUAAAGGAGAGAGAAGAGUCGGGAAGAAAUAUAAAAAGCGGAAAGAGCAGGGUAGCGCUGAGCAAGAAUGAAAAGGGAGAAUGGAGAACUGAUGAAAACUUGGUAAUUUAAGUAAGAACAAAAAAAAAAAGAGAAGAAGGAAGAGAUGAAAUAGGAAGAAGAAAAGAAAGGAAUGUGUGCAAGCAAAGAAAAAGGAAUAUGGAAAAGAAGAAGACAACGAAAGAGGAGAAAGGGAGAAACAGGCAAACUAGAGCGGAGCAGCCCGGGUCCGGAGGCUUGGGCAGUGUCGGGGAGCGUGUGAGGCGUUGGAGCAGCACACGGUGUCGCUGCAGGCUCAGAAACGGCGUGUCGGAGGCUCCGCCCCGGUGAGAGCGGCGGAGAGCCCGGCUGUGAGCGCGGGGGGGCGGCGCGGGCCGGGCAGGAGAGCCGGUGCAUCCGGGCGGCGGCGGGGAGCCGUGAGGGGCCCGGAACGGUGCCGCCGGCGGCGGAGGCUAUGGAGCUGGGCGUGUAUCGUGGUGUGUUGGUGCGGCUGCUGUUGCUGCAGGCGUACUGGGCGUUGGUCGGCGGGCAGGUGCGGUACUCGGUGCCGGAGGAAGCGAAGGCCGGGACGGUGGUGGGCCGGCUGGCGCAGGACCUGGGCCUGGAGGCGGGCGAGCCGGAGGCGCGUCGUCUGCGGCUGGUGGCGCAGGGCCGGCGGGCGAGCGUGGAGGUGAGCGGGGCGAGCGGGGCGCUGGUGGUGAGCUCGCGGCUGGACCGGGAGGAGCUGUGCGGGAAGAGCGCGCCGUGCGCCCUGCGCCUGGAGGUGCUGGUGGAGCGGCCGCUGCGCGUCUUCCACGUGGAGCUGGAGGUUACCGACAUCAACGACAACGCCCCGGUCUUCCCCGCCGCCCGCAAAAAUCUCAGCAUCGCGGAAUUAUCUACGAUGCCGGGGUCUCGGUUCCCGCUUGAGGGCGCGUCAGAUGCAGAUGUCGGAGCGAACGCGCAGCUGUCCUAUAGCCUCAGCCCCAGCGAGCAUUUCGCUUUGGAUUUACAGCGGAGUGAAGAAUACCGAGAAUCUCUUUUCUUGGUGCUUAGGAAGCCUCUGGAUCGAGAGACGGUGCCGGUUCACCAUCUGGUACUGACGGCGAGUGACGGGGGCCGGCAGCCGCUAACGGGAACAGUGGAGCUGGUGAUCUCGGUGCUGGACGCCAACGACAAUGCUCCUCAGUUCAAGCAGUCGGUGUAUAAAGUGCAGCUGCGGGAAGACGCUGAGGAAGGGACGUUAGUGGCGCGGUUGAACGCCACGGAUCCGGAUGCGGGGAGCAAUGCUGAAGUGACCUUCGCAGCGAGCAAUACUUUUCCCCAAAAGGGAUUAAAUCUUUUUCUUUUGAACCCGAAAACGGGGGAGAUCGGUCUGACGGGCGCCUUGGACUUUGAAGACGUUCGUUCAUACGAGAUACAAAUCGAAGCGACAGAUCAGGGGACUCCCCCUCUGUCGGGUCACUGCAAGAUGGUGGUGGAGGUGCUGGACGUGAACGACAACGCGCCGGAGGUGUGGGUGACGUCGCUGUCGGUGCCGGUGCCGGAGGACGCGGCGGUGGGGACGGUGGUGGCUCUGCUGAGCGUGUCGGACCGGGACUCGGGGGCGAACGGGCGCGUGCGCUGCUCGGUGUGGCCGGCGGCGCCGUUCGGUCUGGUGUCGACGUUCGCGGGGUCGUACUCGCUGGUGCUGCGGGAGGCGCUGGACCGGGAGCGGGUGUCGGAGUACGAGGUGGAGGUGCGGGCGGAGGACGGCGGGGCGCCGCCGCUGCGCGCCAGCCGCGGUCUGCGGGUGCCGGUGUCGGACGUGAACGACAACGCGCCGGCGUUCGCGCAGGCCGUGUACACGGUGCUGGCGCGGGAGAACAACGCGGCGGGCGCGGAGCUGGCGCGGCUGUGGGCGCGGGACCCGGACGAGGCGGGCAACGGUCGCGUGAGCUACUCGGUGUCGGAGGCGGCGGCGGGGCGUCCGGCGUCGAGCUACGUGUCGGUGGACGCGGAGAGCGGGCGUCUGUGGGCGCUGCAGCCGCUGGACUACGAGGAGCUGCAGGUGCUGCAGUUCGAGGUGCGGGCAGUGGACGCGGGGGAGCCGGCGCUGUGCGGCAACGCCACGGUGCAGCUCUUCGUGCUGGACGAGAACGACAACGCGCCGGCGCUGCUGCCGCCUGUCGGCGGCGGGCCGGGCGUCGGGGCGUCGGGCUCGGCGGUGCCGGGGGCGCUGUGGGCGUGGGCGUCGUGGGGGGCGCCGGCGGGGCAGGUGGUGGCGAAGAUCCGCGCGGUGGACGCGGACUCGGGCUACAACGCGUGGCUGCGCUACGAGCUGUGGGAGCCGCGGGGCAAGGGCCCGUUCCGCGUGGGGCUGUACAGCGGCGAGGUGAGCACGGCGCGGGCGCUGGAGGAGGCGGACGGCCCGCGGCAGCGCCUGGUCAUCGUGGUGCGGGACCACGGCGAGCCGGCGCGCUCGGCCACGGCCACGCUGAGCGUGUCGCUGGUGGAGGGCGCCGAGGCGGCGCUGGCGGCCGCGGGCUCGUCGGGGUCGGGGCUGCGGCCGGCGGAGGGUGGCGCGUCGGCGGAGUCGACGACGACGACGACGACGAACGUGUGGCUGGUGGUGGCGAUCUGCGCGGUGUCGAGCCUGUUCCUGCUGGCGGUGGUGCUGUACGGGGCGGCGCGCUGGGCGCCGCGGGCGGCCGUGCUGUCGGGGCCCGGGCCGGCCACGCUGGUGUGCGCCAGCGAAGUGGGGAGCUGGUCGUACUCGCAGCGCCAGAGCCGGAGCCUGUGCCUGGCGGACGGCGCGGGCAAGAGCGACCUGAUGGUUUUCAGCCCCAACUUCCCUCCGCCGCCCGGCCCCGCGGCGAAGGAGACGCAGCCGGAGGCUCCCACUCUGCUGCAGACGGUCAGUGGCGCUCUCUUCCUCUUUUCCUCGUUUCUCUUCCCUUCCCCCGACGCUCUCUGCUCCUUUUGCCCUUCUCGCCCGUCCGGCCGCUGGGCAGGCGCUGGUGUGAGCCGGUCUCAGUCCCCGGGACUCAAGGCUGUGGGUGCUGUGUGGGCAUCUUGGCAUCUGCCUUUGUGUCCUGGCUGUAGUACCCCAGCUCUUUUUGAUGGGGGUGAAGGGAAUGAUCUCCCCUAA